UGCACACGCUGCGGAAGCGGCGCUUGAGGAUGAAGCCCUGCAGGAGGAGCUGCUUGAGGACGAGUUUGACGAAUUUGACAUUCCGGCACACAUCCGCGAAGCCCGCAUGGCUGCCUUCCAGCAGCAGAUGGAAGCUCUCAAGGAAGCCAAGUCACAACAGUGUGGUGAUCUCACGCUGCUGGAGGAUGAAAAGCAGCUUUUUGACAUUACGACGUCCCAAAAGCGCGUCAUCUGCCAUUUCUCACACCCAGACUUUCGGCGCUGCGCCAUCAUGACAUCCCAUCUGCGCGAGAUGGCCAAGCAUCACUUUACCACCCGCUUUGUCGAGGUCAAUGCCGAGCAAACACCGUUCUUGGCCCAACGAUUAAAGAUUACCGUUCUCCCCACCGUGCUUUGCUUCUUGGAUGGCGUAGUCAAGGACCGUCUCAUGGGCUUUGAAGAGCUCGGCAACUCUGACAACUUUGCGACCAAGCACCUCGAGGCUCGCCUGGCGCGGAGCGGCGUCAUCUCCUUGGCGCAAGCCGUCAUUCCUGCUGGACGAGGGAAGAGUAUUCUCGGUGCUGUGGCACGGCCCCAAGAC